AUGUGGACAGCAAGUGGUGGCAUAUUAGCCUACACUAUCUUCAUCAUAUGGUUUCUGGAGCGCUCAGUUAAUCCAAAAUUCAGCGGUCCAUUGAAGAAUCAGAUUGGCAGAGCAAUUUGGUUCGCCUUCACCUCUUUGUUCUUUUCUCACAGAGAGAGACUCUAUAACAAAUUAACUAAAGUAGUUGUUCUAGUGUGGCUGUUUGUUGUAUUGAUCCUGGUCACAAGCUACACUGCUAAUCUCUCUUCAAUCCUGACGAUUCAACGAUUGAAACCGAAUGUAUCAGACAUUGAAACGCUAAAGAGAACCAACUCUAAAGUUGGCUUGAAUACGCAUUCGUUUGUCGUCAAUUACUUGGUGACUGUACUUGGAUUCAAGCCAGAAAACCUCAUCAAAAUAGACAGUGAAUCCGACUACAUAGAGGCGUUCGAAAACAGAAGUAUAUCUGCUGCAUUGCUUGAGUUCCCAUAUGCGAAAGUAUUUAUGAACCAGUACUGCAAGGGAUAUACUGCGACCACACUCUCCUAUAGAUUUGGAGGGCUAGGCUUUAUAUUUCAGAAAGACUCUCCAAUUGCCCGGGAUUUCACCAAGGUCAUUUUAGAGUUAUUGGAGGAGGGAAAAAUGAUGUCACUUGAAGAUGCUUGGUUGACACCAAAUCGUGGGUGUCCAAACAAUUCAACUUCAGAUGGACCAGAAAGUUUGAAGGUCAAGAAUUUUGUAGGACUUUAUGUAAUCUAUGUUGCUACUUCCACCAUUUGCUUUCUGUUAUCCUUAACUAUCUUGCUCAAGCAGUUUCAACAACACCAGGAUGCUUACCAAGGCAAUGCAAGUGAUGAAAGUGUUUGGAACAGAACACUUAGAAUGGCAAGAUUCGUAUAUAAUAGAGAGUUCAAUGUUCCAAGUAGCAGAACUGCAAGUUUUGUUGAUGUGCUGGAAAUGACUUCCUCCCAAUGGGAGCACGCAACCACUUCCACCCCUCUUGGAGCAUCUUCUUCAGGCCUCUACCCCCGCACAAACUAG